AUCACCUGACCUUACACGAGUGGCCACAAUAGCACUUUAUGUUGAGUGGUAAAAUAAAACAAGUUCGAUUCGGAACUGUGUCUGGUUUAGUGCAUUGGAAUUUCAGCGGCAGUCAGGUUAAGCGUAUCCAAACCCAGAAGGCAAGCUCCCAUCGUUGACUUAUCAGAAGGAUUCCUGGCACAACAAAUAGGCUACUGGCUGAUUGAAGUCAGGGAGUGUGUGCCACAGAUAUUCACCAUACCGAUCAUCAUUUAAAAAUAGUACACGGUCCCCGACUACCGGUGGAUUAUGGCGAAAAAUAUACAAUACUCUGAAGUUGCUUCCACGCAUUCAUCUAGCUCAGCGAAAACAAGACUUUCAUCAACAUCAUCAAAGUGCCUCCAGGCAGAACUGAUGCUUCUUGAAGCUCAAGAAGAAUUGUUAAGAGAAAAAAUAGAAACAGCAAUGACAGAAGCGAAGAAGAAGAAGGCUGAGCUACUUCUAAAGGCUAGUUCAUCAGGGACUUCGUCCAGACAUGGCGACUCAGUGGAUCUCACGAGAUUGCAUUUUUCUUCUGAUGAAACAGUUCACCAACUACCAAUAAGACAAUAUGCUUCAGAUGUAGGUCACGCACAUAUGGUUCGUGAGCCUUCAAAAUCUACUGUUGUUUGGGAAUCUUCCCCUAUUACAAGUGAAGGAGUGCUGCAGAGCUGCGGUUCUGUACCACCUGUGUUAACACAUGCUACUGGUGCGCAUCAGCCAGUAGUAAAUUCAUAUGCAAGGGAAGGAGUGCUGCAGAGCUGCGGUUCUGUACCACCUGUGUUAACACAUGCUACUGGUGCGCAUCAGCCAGUAGUAAAUUCAUAUGGCAGUGGAGGUGUCGUUCAGAGCGGUUUUGCACCAUCUGUGUCAACACUUGCUACUGGUGCGCAUCAGCCAGUAGUAAAUUCAUACGAAAGUGGCAAUCGUCAAGUUGGCGAUGGGAUUUAUCAGGCGGUACCGAAUUCAGCUUUGCCACUUCAAACAGCAACAAGUGCUGUUCCUCCAGAUUAUGGUGCUAUGAUUAAUGCUCUGCGAGAAGGUUUCACAUUGCCCAAAGUUGAACUGAUGGAGUUUGAUGGAAAUCCCCUGCGUUUCCAUGCCUUCAUGAAGUCAUUUGAGACUAACAUUCAUUGUCACCAACAUGCGCCUGAGACAAAGCUUGCACAGCUGAUUCAAUUGUGUUCUGGCAUCGCAAAGGAUGCCAUCAAGAAUUUAGUACUAGUGUCGCCACCAAGCAAGGGCUAUCAGAUGGCGUGGCAAACCUUACAUGAACAGUUUGGUAACCGAACUGUGGUAAUUGAAGCUACAAGUAAAGAGGUAACAAAUGGUCCCAAGAUUAUGGACGAUGACACUCAAGGACUUUGCAAGUUGGCCACUCAACUGCGUAAUUGUGAGAUUGUGCUUAGUGAGUGGAAUGCAAAUUCAUUCAUGGAUGGCUAUGAAAAUCUUGAGCGUGUAUUCUCACGUCUGCCCAUGUACUUGCAACGAAAGUAUGCGGACCAAUUUGAUGACAGUAAACUUCCUACAUUUUCACACUUGGUUGCAUUCGUGGUGAAGAAAGCGCAGCUAACUACUACAUUUUAUGGUCGGAUUGUGACCAAGAAUUCUGCCAAACAGAAAUCAACUAUUCGAGUCACCAAACCUAGGAUGACAAGAACUACAUCGUAUGCAGUCACCAAUACCCAAGAGAAGACUCCAGGACCCAAGGUAGCUGAUUUGCAGUACAAGUGUGUGGACUGUCAAGGAAAUCAUGCUUUACACAACUGUGUCGAGUUUAAAGGGAGAAGUGUUAAUGAUCGCGCCGAAAUGGUGAGACGAAAUAAUCUUUGCUUUAAUUGCUUGUAUCGUUCUCAUCGUGCAAAUAAUUGUCCUUCUAAAUAUGUGUGUCAAGUAAAUGGCUGUGGUAAAUUACAUCACAGUUUAUUACAUGUUGAUCAAAAGAAGCCACCAACCACUGGUGCUCAUUUUUCUAGCAAUGCUAAUUCUCAAAAUAAUGUGUCUGCCCCCAAGAAAGAAAAUGGGGCCGGUGCUUAUUUCGCAAAUGUUAAUUGUUCGGAAAAUAUUCAAAAUUUUGUUAGACUUAAGGUUGUACCUGUGGAGGUUACCAGCAAUGGUGCUUCUGAUGCUGUGUGUACUUAUGCCUUUUUAGAUGAAGGGUCUACCAGAUCCUUGUGCUCCCACAAUUUACUUGCAAAAUUAGGUAUUGAGGGUAAACCUGAAGAUUGUAUGCUCGCAACAGCGAAUGGUAGUAAAUUACACAGGGUAAAACAGUUUCACUGA